AUGAAGCGAGUUUUUAAAAAUGUAAAUGGCAUUAUUACUGAAGUUUUAACUUGGGGUGACCCGUUUGGUAUUGGCAUAGAAAAUGUAAUUGUCUGCAUUACGGGCAAUCCUGGUGUUCCUGAUUUCUACAUAGAUUUUGCCACGGAGUUGUAUAAAACCUUACAGUUGCCAAUUUGUAUUAUAGGUCAUGCUGGUCAUAUGGAAAUCACUAAAGAAAGCUUUUGUAUAUUGACUAAAGAUGGUGGUUUAUAUGAUUUAAAAACACAAGUUGAUCACAAAUUGGAUUUAUUACAAAAUCAUAUUAGUAAGAAUGCUAAAAUCCAUCUACUUGGUCAUUCUAUUGGUGCUUGGAUUAUUGUUGAAAUAUUACAAAAUAAUGACGAUUUAAUGGAGAGACUUUCAUCAGUCAAUCUUCUAUUUCCUACAUUACAAAGAAUGGCAGAAUCCGAAAAUGUGAUUAAAAACAUAAUAUUUAUGGCAUUUGAUGAAUUGGAUACAGUACAGGUAUUAAACAGUGAUGGUAUAGCAAAAAUAAAACAUUUGACUAAUGUUAUAUAUGGGGAAAAUGAUGGGUGGGCUCCGUUAGAGUUUAUUGAAGACUUGAGAAAAUUUGAACCAUGUAUCAAAAUGAUAUUAGCACACAAUGUUGAUCAUGCUUUUGUCUUAAAGUCUUCAGUACAGGUAGCUGCUAUGGUGGCAGAUUUUAUUGAAUUAAAAUCUAAACUCAAAAAUGAGAUA